UAUAUCAACCCAGAUGAGCCCAUUAUUCCCAACUCACCGCGCUUGCUCUGCUAAGGUUUUCCUGCUUUGUUUGGUGUAGGCAUGAGAGCAAAUCAUUUCACCAGUUUCUUGUGUUGUACCGCCUAUUGAUCAUUCAUCAUCAUCAUCACAAAUUAUCAUAUUGGUUGAUGGUGGCAUCAUCAUUGAGUUUUUAUCACUGGGUAUUAGUGGAAUCUCACAUGAGAUCACCUGCUUGGUGUUUUCCAAGAUCGUCCAGAAAGCAAGAACAGCAAAAGAAAGAAAGAAAGAAAUAAGAAGACAAGGUAGUGAAUGAUGAAGAUGGAACGGCAAAAUUCUAACAGUAUCAUGGACCAGAUUACCAACUGUGGAAUGGGAAAGUUUGUACGCAACGGUUUUGCAAAGGGGAAGGAGCAUAAAGGUUUUGGGUUGGGAGAAUCUCGUGAUGAACGUGGAGAAUCGGCAUAUGAAGGAAAUGAGAAGGCAGAACAAUAUCAAUACACAAAGGAUGGAACAAUUGACAGGUUUGGGAGACCUGCUAUCAAAAGCAAAACUGGUGGCUGGAGAGCUGGUGGUUUGGUUUUGGUAAAUCAAGGACUUGCUACACUUGCAUUCUUCGGGGUGGGUGUGAAUCUGGUUCUAUUCUUGACAAGGGUGCUGCAGCAAAGCAAUGCAUCUGCAGCAAACGAUGUAAGCAAGUGGACUGGAACAGUUUAUAUCUUCUCUCUGGUUGGGGCAUUUCUCAGUGAUGCCUAUUGGGGUCGAUAUAGAACAUGUGCCGUGUUUCAAGUCAUCUUUGUGGUGGGUUUGGUGCUUUUGUCCUUAAGCUCAUACUUAUUCCUGCUCAAGCCAGCUGGUUGUGGAGAUGUGAAUGCAACAUGCCAAAAGGCAUCCACUCUAGAAAUUGGAGUGUUUUACAUGGCCAUUUAUCUUGUAGCUCUGGGGAAUGGUGGGUACCAACCUUCCAUUGCAACAUUUGGAGCAGACCAAUUUGAUGAAGAAGAUCCCAUUGAAGGAGCCUCAAAAGUAGCCUUCUUCAGCUGGUUCUACUUGGCUCUUAAUCUGGGUUCCUUGUUCUCUAAUACCAUACUUGGCUACUUCGAGGACAUUGGCAAUUGGCCUUUUGGAUUCUGGAUGUCUGCAGGGUCUGCUGCAUUGGCUCUGAUUAUAUUCCUUGCAGGAACACCAUCUUACAGACAUUUUAGGGCUGGAGGUAACCCCAUACCUCGUGUAGCUCAAGUUUUUGUUGCUGCAUCCAGGAAAUGGAACGUAAGGGCUCCCUCAGAAGGUGACAAGCUUUUUGAGAUGGGAAAAGAGGGGUCUGCAAUGACAGGAAGGAAGAUAUUGCACAGCCAGGAAUUCAGAUUUCUUGACAAAGCUGCAACUGAGACUGAAAGUGACAUAACCUCAGCACAGCCACACAAUCCAUGGAGGCUCUGCCCAGUAACUCAAGUGGAGGAGGUCAAGUGCGUCUUGCGUAUGCUGCCUAUCUGGCUGUGCACAAUCAUCUACUCUGUGGUGUUCACUCAAAUGGCCUCCUUGUUUGUAGAGCAGGGAGCUGCAAUGAACACAGAUGCAGGAGGCUUUCACAUACCCCCUGCUGGCAUGUCCAUGUUUGACAUCCUCAGUGUCGCAGCUUGGAUAUUUAUCUACAGAAGGCUUCUGGUGCCUCUUGCUUACAAAAUCACAGGUAAUCCAAAGGGUUUGACAGAGCUUCAAAGAAUGGGUGUGGGCCUAAUAAUUGGCAUGCUUGCCAUGUUAGCAGCUGGUGUUGUUGAGAUAUAUAGAUUGAAGUAUGUUAGCCACCCUAAUGGCCCAAGCUCUCUGAGCAUAUUCUGGCAAAUUCCUCAAUAUGGUCUCAUUGGUGCCUCAGAGGUGUUUAUGUAUGUGGGUCAGCUUGAGUUCUUCAAUGGGCAGGCACCAGACAGACUCAGAAGCUUUGGAAGUGCACUGUGCAUGUCAUCUAUAUCCCUUGGCAAUUAUGUGAGCAGUAUUCUGGUAACUAUUGUAAUGGACAUCACAAAGAAGCAGAACAAGCCUGGUUGGAUACCUGGAAAUCUUAACACUGGUCACAUGGAUCGUUUCUACUUCUUACUGGCAGUCCUAACAGCAGUAGAUUUUGUUGCCUAUGUGAUGUGUGCAAGAUGGUACAGGUGUAUCAAUCUCUCUAAAGAGGUAGAUAAAGAUGAGGAACUCCAGAAAAUAUAAAAUCCUAUAACAGUACCAGUUCGUUGACAGUUGGGGUAUUUCAUUAUCAUCUUAGCAUCAUCAAAUACCCCGAUUUUUCUAAGGUUGAAGCAGUUUCAGAGUGCAGCAGCUGUGGUGGAUGUCAUCAUGGAUUAUGGAAUUGGGUUACUAUAAUAAGACUAUGGAUGUUAUCUUGGGAUUGCAGUAGUAUUAGAGAGAAGUAUAAACAAUAUGUUAAUAGUUAUGUAGUUUUGAUAUUUUUCUAUUCAUAUUGUAAAGCAGAAACACGCUGUGUGGUGUGCUACACUCGGUUAAAAGACCCAAUCUUUCCCUGUGUUGUGUGUAAUACAAGGUUAAGACGUCCACUUUGUUUUAAAUAAAUCGUCCUGGUAUAUUUAUUUAAUACUCUUUCAUUUC